ACUUAUUAAGUAAAAUUAGAGUAGUUUUCAGUGGGUGUAUGCAAGAAUGUAUUUUUUUCAAAGUAUGGCUGUGAUCAAAGGCGUACGCGCGCGUCGCUGUCAGUUUGCGAACGCAAGCGCGUCCCCGAUUCCGAAGGCGGCACGAAAAAACAAGGAUUGCUAGAGAGAAAAGUCGGCAUACUUUAACCUCGAGAUCAGAAGGACCUUAUUUUGGAACGAAAAACACGUCCUCUUGGCUUGUAUAACUGUCCGAACUGGCGAAGGAUCUUCAGGAAAAGCUAUAGGCAGGAUCCGUUGCUAUGCAGUCCUCCUCCCCGAAUGUAUCAUUUCAUCUUGGCCAGACCAGAGCUUGGCUACACCUGUAAGGAUUGCUGCACCAGCUGAUGCAACCGAAAUGAGGGGAUUGUUUUAGCAGUGGAGCUUCAAUUAAUAACUUGAUGCAGUUUAGAACUGACUGGUAACCCUUCUGCAGGCGUUCCUCUCGUCUCGUUUUUGGAGCCAGAGCUUUUGGGGGGCAGAGUCCUGCGUUAGUGGCAGAGCCUCCAUCCCCCAGUUAGCCGGAGUCGUCAUUGUGCAUCGGAACACUGUCGCUGUCGGAAGUGUGUGUCUGGUGUUGGUUGGAUUGAACUGAUCUUCUGACCGGGGAAACCGCAGCAGCUGCAAGCCACGCCCUCUGCUCGACCACCCCUGGCCCCGCCUACAUCUCCCUGCCUCCACCAUGGUGCUGUCACAACGGCAACGAGACGAGCUAAAUCGAGCGAUAGCUGAUUACCUUCGUUCCAAUGGAUAUGAAGAGGCAUAUUCAACUUUCAAGAAGGAGGCAGAAUUAGACGUGAAUGAAGAGUUGGAUAAGAAGUAUGCUGGCCUUUUGGAAAAGAAAUGGACCUCAGUCAUCAGAUUACAAAAGAAGGUGAUGGAGCUGGAGUCGAAGCUGAACGAGGCCAAGGAGGAGAUCACCCUAGGUGGGCCCGUAGCCCAGAAGCGUGACCCCAAAGAGUGGAUCCCUCGCCCGCCGGAGAAGUACGCACUGAGCGGCCACCGCUCCCCUGUCACGCGCGUCAUCUUCCACCCAGUCUUCAGUGUCAUGGUGUCAGCCUCCGAGGACGCCACAAUAAAGGUGUGGGACUAUGAGACAGGAGACUUUGAGCGGACGCUGAAGGGUCACACAGACUCUGUCCAGGACAUCUCCUUUGACCAGACUGGCAAGCUGCUGGCCUCCUGCUCUGCAGACAUGACCAUCAAGCUGUGGGACUUCCAGGGCUUUGAGUGCAUCAGGACCAUGCAUGGACACGAUCACAAUGUUUCGUCCGUAGCCAUCAUGCCCAAUGGAGAUCACAUAGUAUCUGCCUCGAGGGACAAAACCAUUAAAAUGUGGGAGGUGGCCACUGGCUACUGUGUGAAGACGUUCACGGGCCACAGGGAGUGGGUGAGGAUGGUCCGGCCAAACCAGGACGGCACCCUGAUCGCCAGCUGCUCCAACGACCAGACGGUGCGUGUGUGGGUUGUGGCGUCCAAAGAGUGCAAGGCCGAGCUGCGGGAGCACGAACACGUGGUGGAGUGCAUCUCCUGGGCCCCCGAGAGCGCCCAUCCCACCAUCUUGGAGGCCACCGGCUCAGAGUCUAAGAAAAGUGGUAAGCCGGGCCCCUUCCUGCUGUCUGGCUCCAGAGACAAAACCAUCAAGAUGUGGGACGUCAGCAUUGGGAUGUGCCUUAUGACACUGGUUGGCCAUGAUAACUGGGUGCGCGGGAUGCUUGUCCACCCCGGAGGCAAGUUCAUAUUGAGCUGUGCUGACGACAAGACCUUAAGGAUCUGGGACUACAAGAAUAAGCGUUGCAUGAAGACCCUGAGUGCCCAUGAACACUUUGUUACCUCUCUGGAUUUCCACAAGAAUGCUCCGUAUGUCGUCACCGGGAGCGUAGAUCAAACAGUAAAAGUGUGGGAGUGUCGCUGAUCCGAUCAGACCUGAGAAGAUCGGACCACCACCAUCCCAAUUACCCCCUCUCCUCCCACCCCACCCCCUCUAGACCUCAUUCCACCCCCCUACACCCCACCUCACACCAUCUCCUUCAUCUCCUCUGGCUACACUCACACACCAUGGUUAAUACCUUAUCCUGUCAUCACGCUCUCUGGUCCAAUAACUAUGGUCCUUUUUAUGUACAUUAUUCUGGAUGUAGAUUGAGCUAUUAAAUGUUACACAGCAAAAAAAGUAUUCUUGCAUGGUGAUGAUUAAUCCAAAAUUGUAUACUGUAAAUUUACAUGAUAACGUUGUCUAGAAGUACCAUAGGUUUAACAUGGGCGGGGCUGGCUAAGUCUGUCACUUGCAGCCUUACCUACCUACUUACUGAAGGCAGAUGUUUUUUUUGUGUGCGUCACAAAUGGCACCCUAUUCCCUAUAUGGUGCAAUACCUAUGACCAGGGCCCAUGUGCCCUGGUCAAAGGUAGUGCACUAUACAGGGAAUAGGGUGCCUUUUGGGACGUACUCUUUGACUGGGUGUAAAACGUAGGGCACUAACACUGAUAAUUUAAAAAACGACAGUGUCUUUACGUUUCAGAUUUAUUAUUUUUGUCCGCCUAUUUUUAUUUUCUUUAUAUUAUUUUCUCUCUCCUUUUCACUGUUGUAGUCUGUUUGUCGGUGACCUUUUGAGGAGGAAAAACAACAAAAGGAAAAGUAUAAUCCCUUGAUGCCGGAGGAUAUGAGAUUGUCUGUCUGUGGGGGUUUUGUUAUUGGAAUAAUAUGUAGCUUUGUAACAUCACUUCUGAAGUGUGCAUACCAUUUCUCUUCAUGUGGAACUAGAUAAUAUAUUAAUGGCUGCAUAUACGAAUGUUUCAAACUGUUGUCUAUCUUCGGACAUCUGGGGGUUGAGAAAACAAAACAGCUUUGUACUCUUGUCAUGACGACGCGUCCUAAACUGAGAAGCAAAACCACUCCUGAUAGACUUAGAAUUAUCCUAUCCAAUGAAUUAAUUAUGUUUAUUGAAUCAGAACCUUUCUCUUUUGGCAUCUGAAUGAAUUAACCUGGCUAGGCUGCGCACCUGGCGCCCUUAUUUCAGUUGGUUAGCAUUUAGGCUAAAAACUCAGUGGACUGAUAGCUUUCAGGUUAGCAUUUAGGCUAUAUGAGGCGAUAGCGGGAGGUUACGCCUCCCUGAAACGCUGCUCCCUGUCUGUUCGGCCCGGUACUGGUUCUUAUGGUUGGCCUCAACUGAUCAGGCGAGCGCCUCUGCCUUUCUCUAGCACUUGGCCCUUUAGUAGCAGACUUCAGGUAUCACUUCUUUUAAUCUCAAGCACUUGAAAAGAAGGACCUUUAGGUGUCUCCCUCCCUCUGUAAGAUGUCUCACUGAUGUCUCAAGUCUAACCUGAGUGAUUUCCAUUGGACUCAACUGAACCCUCUCCCUUUUUCUAACCAUAUGACGAAUCAGGUGUCGGCUGGGUUUUAUUGUCCCUUGUACUACAGGAAUCAUGUAAGCGAUUUGAUGCUCAGUUGGCCAUUGUCUUGUGCUGCUUGCUUCUAUGGACUGUGUAAAUUAGGGAGGGCAAGCUUAAGCCUUAGCUUUGGAUGAAAUAUGCAAGUUCCAAAUGAGUCGGACUCAGUCGGAGAGACGUCGUCAUACCAUGACAAGAAGUCAAAGUUGCCCCUCAGGUUUUGGGAUGUGCAAAAUAUCUCCUGGGAAAAAGAACAAUAAUUGAGAGGUAAUAAAGCUGUUUCUGUGGUGGACAAAGACAUGUAAACCAAAGCUUUUUACUGAGCUGUGGGUAAGUGUCCAAAUCUGUGUUUCCACUGAACUGACUGGUGAACUAUCGGGGGGAUUCAUGGUGAAAUGGUGAAAUAAAAUGCUAGCAGUAGACAUGCUAAUGAAUGCUUGUGCUCUCUGUACAGUAGAGGUCUGAUGGUGGUAGUUAUUGUAAAGGGAUCUUCACCCCUAAGACUACAUACAGCAGCUCCCUUGCCACAGACCGGCUUUGGUCUUGGGCUAGGCCUACUAGGAUGCGCUUGUGCACAGGAGAGUACUUAGACGCUUUUCCUAGUGAAGAGCUCUUGGGUCGAAACUCCACAGGACCGACUCUCUAACACAUUGCAGUAGUCUCCUGGUUGGCAGGGACAUCUUUGUCCUAUUCUGUUCAUGUUAAUGAGCUAGGAGGCUGAAGAAAUAAUGAAAUAUGACAAUUGGAACUCAUUGUAAUCUAACCAAAUCCCUCCAUGACAAUGGAGACCAACCAUUCCGUCCUACCCCCCCCCAAAAAAAAUAAAAAUAAAAUAAACAUCUGGCUUCUUCUUACUCUGCAGCAGGCAGAAAAAUCAUAUCUUGCGUAUCCCUGCUUUUCGUUAGAUCUUUGGUCCUUUGUCCGACUGACGAUCGAAGAUGUAAGACAUUUUAAAAUACUUAAUUAUAAAAUGCAUAAACAAGAUAUACUUUUUUUUUAUCAGCCUUUUUCCAUUCCGAUGCAAUUCUUUAAUAAUAAAGAAUUCCACUUGUUUAACUGAUAUUAGUUUAAGCUUCUUUGCUGAAUAACUUCCUGUUCCUCUUCCUGUGUGUGUUUGAUUGGAUGUAGCUAGCUGCUGCUGUUGACCUCUGAACCCUCUGAUAGUGGCUAGUGUGAUGAACCCUGUGACCUUUGACCUGUCGACAAUAGCACUGCUGCAUGUACCCCUGUUGUACCAGAGGCUGAGCUGUCUGGUCUGGUGGCCUUUCUGGUUCAAGUGCUAUGAUGUAAGCCACUCAACACUCAGGCCGAGUCUGAAAUUGCACCCUAUUCCCUAAAAUAGUGCACUUCAGACACAGACUCAAUCAGUCACAGGCCACCCCGCUAAGCUGUCAAAGGCUAGUCGGUCCACUUGACAUUUAUAUACUGUAAAAAGAGCGAGAAGUAGGAUAAGAGAACUCCAUCUCUUACGAGAAUGGGUUGUACCCUUAUUGUCUCUUACCAGUAAGCGGGUGUAUUGUCCCUGUGUAUCUAUGUAUGUAUACUGUGUAUUUUGCAUAAUGACUUUUCAAUGACACCAGACUCUACCAGACAGGUCGGCUCAGGCUGGCUUGAUGGCUGCAGACAGACCGCUCUGUACUUAAUGUGGUUGUUUGUUUGUUUGUUGCUGUUGGAAGGAGGACAGAUCUGUAAAUGAAUGAACUGGCUCCUUCCUUCCUCUAUAUGCGAUGGGAUUGCGGCAGACUAAACAUGUUAUGAGAGAAAAGAAUCCUCCCCUUGAGAGAAUACCACUUAUGCCUCCUCUAGACUAGAGACCCCCAUGCAUUUAAUCAGACCCAGACUGGUCUUUCUCCAAGCUGCUUUCUCUGUCAGUCAGAGGGAGGGAGAGACUUUGAUUGGAGAGUCGGCGUGCGUUCAUUCCGUUACACCAUACACCAGCCAUCGAUAGGACAAUUGGACAUGGUGGUGCUGAUGCACCAUAAAACGUGUUUUAGCUGAAGCCCAAAAAAUUUAACUGUAGUAGGACAUUCUGGUUUAGCUUCAGCAUUCAGAUGUCCUGAUCUGUUCUGUUCUCAAUGCUAGACUGUUAGCUUCCUGAUUUAAGCCGAUUCUCUCUUGAUUGGCUAAAUUCAGGAUUAUGAUCUCAGGUUCCUUGGGUGUAAAUUCUAAACUAGGCCUGAAGUGAACCUAAAUGGAUAUUAGACUUGACUCUUAUUGAAAACUCAGCUUUCCCUUUCUUGGGUUAGACAAGGAAGGUCUAUAAACAAAUUGUCGGGAGGGAGAAUGUGUUUCUCUCCUUGUAAUAUAGUUGUCAUUGAAUGAAUGCUUUACAUAACUGUGCUGUUGUACCUACCCUGUGCCCUGUGAAAAUAAAUCAAUUUUGCCAUUUGCAGGUCCCAAGCAACCCCUAUGCUGCACUGGCUAGGUGGAUCAGAGGGACUGGCAGACAAGCUUGCACUGUCUGUUGGUCCUUCCCCCCAGUCUCAAGUCCAUCUGUCUGCUAUAAUCUGCCUUGUGAAUAGAUUGAGGGCUUCAGACUUCUUCACAGCUUGAACAGGAUUUAUUGUUUUGCUUUCAACGUCUUUCUCACUCUUCACAGCAAAAUUGUUAACAAAAUAUCUGGAUGUCAUUAUUGUUUGCAUCAUUAAUUAAAGAAAAAUCAGUAAA